GGAGCAAUCUGGUUGACGACACUGCAAUGGCGUCCUCUGCGUCCACUUCGACGGCGUCCAUCGAGCCUGCUGUGCACACCAACUCGACUGGCGGCAACAUGGAUAAGUGUUCCGCGGCCACUUCGCGGUCCCUAACCAAUCCAACGGUGAACAUCAUAAAAAUGAGUAAUGGCGUCGUCAAGACGACGCAUGAAGGAUAUGGGUUCUCGCGUUCCACAUAUGGUUGCAAUGUGGCCACUUUUCGAUGCGACCUUCUCGAGUGCGGUGCAACCUUGAAAACAUAUUACACCAAUGGCCGAUACCACGUGAAGAAUGCCGAGCCUCACGACGAAGAGUUGCACGUGCGGGGUUUUCGUCAUCCUCCUGGAGGCGGUGCUCGGACCCCGUCCAUUCCGGGAGAAGGUGGAAAACGCAAGGCGGCCUCCUGCGCGGACAAGCCCCGGAAGACCAUCAAGGGCGGCGCACAGGUCCCGGCGAAGAAGUCCACAGGCCGCCCCCUAUGCGUAGGCAGCGCGUUCAGCCACAGGCCGCACAAGCAAGGCACGCCGCCAGGGAAGGCUGAAGGCGCAGCGGGCGACAACAGCAAGAUAAAAAGUGCCAAAGGGAGCGGCGCAGGCAACCUGGUCGAUAGUCGGGCUGCGGCGGUUCGGCAAAGUCCGGUCCACUUCCAGCAUUCCAGGGGCUUGAACGAACCAGGGACUUCUGCUUGGUUAUCCGAUGACGAAUGGGCCGAAGAAAACAAGAUUCCCCCGCCAGCUACUCCACCUGCGAUGCCUGACCACGCCGACACUGUCCAAAAUGACGCCGAUGACGGAGCCUACAGUUAUUGUAUUUCGUCCGACAACUCCAUGAACGGGGACGUCGGAGAGAAGCCCAUUGCCGCCAAACACGAACCAGGCGACGUGAAUUCUUGGGACGCGAAGGAAGGCGGCAAGGAAUCACUCGAUCCUCCAAUACGAAUCGCUUCGUACGAGAGCAUAAGGAACGGUUGGAACACCGCCGACGAUUCAGCCGGAAUAGGUUUGGGCCGCACGCAAAUCGUCUUGAAUAUGAAGCUGGAAACUGGGGAUCUGCCCGACAAAGAACUGAAGGAAAGCGUGUGUCUUCUGCUACAGGCCGAGGCCAAAUUGGUGGCUUUGCAACAACAGAGUGAAGCAUUGCGAACUGAGCUUUUAAGAAAGGAGCUAAAUUUUAACACGGCCGAGAACAAAAUCAGUGAGCGUGCAGCCUUCGGUGAUUUUAGUAGUACUUAGUAGGUUUGUACUGUUCCCUUUGCGGAGGCUUUUUUCGAACAGCCCUUGCAAACGGAAGUAACGCUUUCUCCUCUCAGCAUCUCUCAGUGGUUGCACGGUAUCACUUUUGAGCCAAGGGUUUUCCACGAGCCAGCAGCCGCCGGUGUGCGCGAGCACACACAACGAAAUUGAAGUCAAGAUCGAGCAUUUAAAGAUGACAAUGAAAUGUAUCGGCUCCGUAGAACAGAAUAAUAAAGAAAGGCUUUUCAUCUCCACAACAGAGAUCUAUGUACUUGUUGGACAAAUUAAUCGCCUACCUUUUACUCUAGACCCCAGUGUGAAGAUGAAAAGCCUUUCUUUAUUUUCCUUUUAGACGAAGCCCUCACAUUUUGCUGCCAUCUUAAGCGUGAAUGGUGGACCAUGGCGUCAAUUUCGUUGCGUGUGUUCGUACACACCGGCGGCUCCUGUCUCGCACAAAAACCGUGUUGCACCUAAAAUGGACACUGAAAUAUUUAGUUCAGCAUCCCUUUGAUAAGC